ACUAAAUUAAAAUGGGAAAGGUCUUAUAUUAACGUUUCCCCUUUAUUUUAUCCAUUGGCAUGGAGUGGUUUGUCUGCAAAAAGAAGACCAAAAAAGAAGAAGAGAGCUUUGAUCAGGACAACCGUUUCCCGGCACUUGCAGUUGAUUACGUUCCCAGUGUCAAUCUCCGUAAAUAAACCCAAAACCGGUGUCCGUUUAGAUCCCUUUCUUUAUUCAAUUACCAAAACAAAUUUCUUCUUCCUUUUUUUUAUUUAUUUUCACCUACAAUUUUUUUUUCUCAUCCGUGGAUCUCUCUGAGGAAAAACAAGGGAACAAGAAACUGAAGAUAUGGGAAAUGCAAACGGAAGAGAAGACGGAGCGAGCGGCGGCGUCGAUGAUCUCUCCGGAAGAUCCAACGGCGGCGACCCGAUCGUACGUGGAGCUGCCUCCGCUGCCGGAGCAGCUGUAGCUGUACGCGUGCCGUCGUCUGAUUCAAUGGCGAAUAGUCCGCCGCAGAGCCCUAGCCGGUCUCGAUCCCCUCUUUUAUUCGCUCCUCAGGCUCCUGUAGCUCCCUUACCAAGGGGUGAUGGCCAUUCCUUUUUCAACCAAAUUUGGCGGCAUGAUUCUGCCGGGGUUGUUGAUUGUCCAUCUGAGAAAGGAAUCCCUGUCAUCAUUACAUGGAAUUAUGGUGGUAAUGAUGUGGCUGUGGAAGGUUCUUGGGACAAUUGGAGAUCAAGGAAGACAAUGCAGAGAUCUGGUAAGGACCACUCAAUUCUUUUGGUCCUUCCGUCUGGCAUAUACCAUUAUAAGUUUAUUAUUGAUGGCGAAUGGAGAUAUACACCAGAUCUGCCUUUUGUAGCUGAUGAAAUGGGCCAUGUUUGUAAUAUUCUUGACGUUCAUGAUUAUGUACCUGAAAAUCUGGAUAGUGUAACUGAGUUUGAGACCCCAGGAUCUCCAAAUUCCAGUUAUGGUCAGGUACUUCCAACGGAAGAAGAUUUUGCAAAGGAGCCUGUUGUGGUUCCAUCCCAGCUACAUCUAACCGUCCUUGGUACAGAUAACCAAGAUGGGGCAUCAUCCUCGAAGCCUCAACAUGUUGUACUUAACCACCUUUUCAUAGAGAAAGGAUGGGCAUCGCAAUCUGUUGUUGCCCUGGGAUUGACCCAUAGGUUUGAGUCCAAAUACGUGACUGUUGUACUCUAUAAGCCAUUGAAAAGGUAACAUGUGCUUUUCCCACGCUUCACUUUGUAAAGAAAUGAAAGUAACUUUCACAUUUGUUUGUGAAGGUACCUCUGUUCUAUAGAUCCGCUUUGACACUUUAACAUGCUCUUUGUUUGUUCUGUUGUACUUUAAUGUUUGUUUACUAUCAAAUGUUUGCAUACAGAAAUUUUUGCCAUGGCGACUGCUAUGCUAUUUUUGCUAUGUCUGGUUUCUUACAGCUUUGGCGGUUGAUGUAUAAAAGCAAUUAGGUAAAGCUUUAUUAGACUGGCACCUUACCCAACUAGUUUAUAGGAGAAGGGCAGAAAGACAACUGGAAUCGAACAAUAAACAUAUAUGUCAUAAGCAAGGCUCGCACACCAGCAGAUGUACUCAGCUAGCAGCGAGCUUACCUUUACUUUAAGAAAGGUUUGAACCUGUCGUUGCCAAGAUGUUUGUGGCAUGAAAGGAAAAGAAGCUUAAGUGCAAGCUUUGUGAUGUAUGAAUUGGUUUGAUUUUCUUAUAAUAAAACUAGUUUGAAUUUGACAACAA